GGAAGGACAUGUGACCAGGCUCAGGUCUGGAGUUUCAGCUUGGCCAUCGAGCCAAGCAGACACGCAGCAGGAGCCAGGAGAGGCCACCCUGCCACCAGCCCCAGUUUCUCUCCUGUCUUCUGUCACCAUGGGGAGCAAACGCAGCCCCCAACUCUGCCUGGUACCCUUGAUCCUGGGCCUCUUGUCUGGAGGUGUGAGCAUGACGCCAUUGCCUGAGGCUGGGCCCCAGAGCCCCUGCUCUCUGGAGGGAGUAGAGAUCAAAGGUGGCUCCUUCCGGCUUCUCAAGGCGGGCCAGUCACUGGAGUACUUGUGUCCUUCUGGCUUCUACCCAUACCCUGUGCAGAUUCGUACCUGCAGAUCCACGGGAUCCUGGAGCACCCUGCAGACCCAAGACAAAAAGAUUGUCAAGAGGGCCGAAUGCAAAGCAAUUCGCUGUCCCAGACCGCAGGACUUUGAGAACGGGGAGUACUGGCCCCGGGCCCCCUACUACAAUUUGAGUGACGAGAUCUCUUUCCACUGCUAUGAUGGUUACACUCUCCGGGGCUCUGCCAAUCGCACCUGCCAAGCGACGGGCCGGUGGGACGGGGAAACGGCCAUCUGCGACGAUGGAGCGGGGUACUGCCUGAACCCGGGCAUCCCCAUUGGCACAAGGAAGGUGGGCAGCCAGUACCGCCUUGAAGACACUGUCACCUACUACUGCAGCCGGGGGCUCACCCUACGUGGCUCCAAGCAGCGAACAUGUCAGGAAGGUGGCUCUUGGAGUGGAACGGAGCCUUCUUGCCACGACUCCUUUAUGUACGAUACCCCUGCAGAGGUGGCCGAAGCCUUCCUGUCUUCCCUGACAGAGACCAUAGAAGGAGUUGAUGCUGAGGAUGGGCACAGCCCAGGGGAACAACAGAAGAGGAAGAUUAUCCUGGACCCCUCAGGCUCCAUGAACAUCUACCUGGUGCUGGAUGGAUCAGACAGCAUUGGGUCCCACAACUUCACAGGGGCCAAGAGGUGUCUCAGCAACUUCAUUGAGAAGGUGGCAAGUUAUGGGGUGAGGCCAAAAUAUGGUCUAGUGACAUAUGCCACAGACCCCAAAGUUUUGAUCAGAGUGUCUGACCCAAAGAGCAGCGAUGCAGACUGGGUCACAGAGCAGCUCAACCAAAUCAACUACCAAGACCACAAGUUGAGGGCAGGGACUAACACCAAGAAGGCUCUCCUGGAAGUAUACAACAUGAUGAGCAGGGAAGUGAACAAACUCCCUGAAGCCUGGAACCGCACCCGCCACGUCAUCCUCCUCAUGACUGAUGGCUUGCACAACAUGGGUGGGGAUCCAGUCUCUGUCAUUCACGAUAUCCGGGACUUGCUGGACAUUGGUAGAAAUCGCAAAAAGCCCAGGGAGGAUUAUCUGGACAUCUAUGUGUUUGGGGUUGGGCCUCUGGUGGACCAAGACAGCAUCAAUGCUUUGGCUUCCAAGAAGGAUAAGGAGCAACACGUGUUCAAACUCAAGGACAUAGAUAACCUGGAGGAUGUUUUCAUACAAAUGCUUGAUGAAACCCGGACUCUGGGUCUUUGCGGCAUGGUUUGGGAGCACAAGAAAGGUACUGACUAUCACAAGCAACCAUGGCAGGCCAAGAUCUCAGUCACUCGUCCUUUGAAGGGACAUGAGAGCUGUAUGGGUGCUGUGGUGUCUGAGUACUUUGUGCUGACAGCGGCACACUGUUUCACUGUGGAUGACGAGAAACACUCAAUCAAGGUCAGCAUGGGAGGGAAGAAGCAGGAGUGGGAGAUAGAAGAAGUCCUAUUUCACCCAAACUACGACCUCAAUGCGAAAAAAGCAAAAGGUAUUCCUGAAUUUUAUGACUAUGACGUGGCCCUCAUCAAGCUCAAGAAGAAGCUCAAGUACAGCGAGACCAUCAGGCCCAUUUGUCUCCCCUGCACUGAGGGAUCGAAUCAAGCUUUGAGGCUUCCACAUUCAACCACGUGCCAGCAACAGAUGCAAGAGCUGCUCCCGGCAAAGGAUAUCAAAGCUCUGUUUGUGUCCGAGCUGUCUAAGGAUCAUAAGAAGACACUGAUUCGGAAGGAGGUCUACAUCAAGAAUGGGGAAAAGAAAACUGGCUGUGAGAGGGAUGCUCUACGUGCCAUAGGCUAUGACAAAGUCAAGGACGUCUCUGAAGUAGUCACCCCCAGGUUCCUUUGCACCGGAGGGGUGGCUCCCUAUGCUGACCCCAACACUUGCAAAGGUGAUUCUGGUGGUCCCCUGUUUAUUCACAAGAAGAGUCGCUUCAUUCAAGUUGGUGUGAUCAGCUGGGGCGUUGUGGACGUCUGCAAGGGGCAGCAACAGGUACCUGCUUACGCCCGAGACUUUCACAUCAACCUCUACCAAGUGCUGCCCUGGCUCAAGGAAAAACUCCAAGAUGAGGAUCUGGGUUUUCUAUAAGGGGUUUCCUGUUGGAAACGGGCAUGAGAUCAAAUUAAAACAACUACGACAACACCUGUGUUCAAGAUCCUUUUGGGGUAAAGGAGUGGGGAGCGUGCACUGACCAUGUUGUUACAACUGAGAUCGAAUCUAACAGCCGUUUUUAAAGGCUCAACCCCAAUCCCAAGUGCUGAAAAACCAGAGGCUGAGGGAGGUGUGUGAGCUUCCACCUCAGUGUUUUACUGAGACCAGCGCUGGGCCAGAUGAGGCACACGGAAUCCAGUUCCACUCCCUAGAAGCCGUCCACAAGGUUUUCCUUAUAGACGUCAUCACUGUAGACAAUCUGGGUCCUCUUGUCCCGGUGGCAACCCUUAGGGCUAUUCUGGACAGCUAGGGAGGGAGGAGAGUAUUCAUUAAGGUCUGAAGGAGGGCACUGAUGAGACCUGAGGCCCAGAGUUUGACCGCCUCAACUCUAGCCUCUGGCCCUUGGAUGCCCAGUUUCCAUGCUGCCCUCUGGUGGCCGGGAUGGCCUUUCUAUUAAUACCUUUAGCCCCCUUAGGCCAGCGGCUACCAACCCGUGGCCCCAGCAAAGAAGAGUGUACACUGUUAUCAUGGCACAUGCAAAUACCGUAAUGAGUGUUUUGUUCUUAGAAAAACGCCAAAUGUUAUCGUUGAGACGUGUGAAUAAUGUUAGCCCACAACUUUCAGUCAGUACACGAAAAAUUAAAAAAUCUCUAUAGUC